CAGACUGUAUGAUGGAUGCUCUGGGGGCCUCUCCUGCCUGGCUCAGGCUCUGCCAUCUUCCGUGGCCGCCUGACCCCUGGCUCCAGCCCUGGCCAGGGAUUGGUUCAGGCGACCCCUGCCCCCAGCAGCUCACAUGCCUUUGACCCACAGGACAUUGUGACGGAGAGCAACAAAUUCGACCUGGUGGGCUUCAUCCCUUUAUUGCGAGAGAGGAUUUACUCUAACAACCAGUACGCCCGGCAGUUCAUCAUCUCCUGGAUCCUGGUUCUGGAGUCUGUGCCAGACAUUAACCUGCUGGAUUAUUUGCCGGAGAUCCUGGAUGGACUCUUCCAAAUCCUGGGCGACAACGGCAAAGAGAUUCGGAAAAUGUGUGAGGUGGUCCUUGGAGAAUUCUUGAAAGAAAUUAAGAAGAACCCCUCCAGUGUUAAGUUUGCUGAGAUGGCUAACAUCCUGGUGAUCCACUGCCAGACCACGGAUGACCUGAUCCAGCUGACAGCUAUGUGCUGGAUGCGGGAGUUCAUCCAGCUGGCCGGCCGGGUGAUGCUGCCCUACUCUUCUGGGAUCCUGACCGCCGUCCUGCCCUGCCUGGCCUACGAUGAUCGCAAGAAAAGCAUCAAGGAGGUGGCCAAUGUGUGCAACCAGAGCCUAAUGAAGCUGGUCACCCCUGAGGAUGACGAACCCGACGAGCCAAAGCCAGUGGUGCAGAAGCAGGCAGAGCCCAACCCCGACAACUCCUUGGCAAAGCAGGAGGGGACAGCCAGUGGAGGGCCCGAUGGUUCGUGUGACUCCAGCUUCAGUAGCGGCAUCAGUGUCUUCACUCCAGCCAGUGCUGAAAGGGCUCCGGUCACCCUCCACCUCGAUGGGAUUGUGCAGGUGCUGAACUGCCACCUCAGUGACAUGGCCAUCGGGAUGAUGACCAGGAUCGCCGUCCUCAAGUGGCUCUACCAUCUCUACAUCAAGACUCCCCGGAAGAUGUUCCGGCACACGGACAGCCUCUUCCCCAUCCUGCUCCAGACAUUAUCAGAUGAAUCUGAUGAGGUUAUCCUGAAGGAUCUGGAGGUGUUGGCAGAAAUUGCUUCCUCCCCCGCAGGCCAGACGGAUGACCCAGGUCCCCUUGAUGGCCCUGACCUCCGGGUCAACCACUCAGAGCUCCAAGUGCCACCCUCCAGCAGAGCUGGCCUGCUGAACACUCCCGGUACCAAAGGUUUGGAAUGUUCUCCUUCCACUCCCACCAUGAACUCCUACUUUUAUAAGUUCAUGAUCAACCUUCUCAAGAGAUUCAGCAGUGAACGGAAGCUCCUGGAGGUCAGAGGCGCCUUCAUCAUCAGGCAGCUCUGCCUCCUGCUGAAUGCGGAGAACAUCUUCCACUCGAUGGCAGACAUCCUGCUCCGGGAAGAGGACCUCAAGUUCGCCUCGACCAUGGUCCACACUCUCAACACCAUCCUGCUUACAUCCACUGAACUAUUCCAGCUGCGAAACCAGCUCAAGGACCUGAAGACCCCGGAGAGUCAGAACCUCUUCUGCUGCCUGUACCGCUCCUGGUGCCACAACCCAGUCACCACGGUGUCCCUCUGCUUCCUCACCCAGAACUACCGGCAUGCCUAUGACCUCAUCCAGAAGUUCGGGGACCUGGAGGUCACUGUGGAUUUCCUCACAGAGGUGGACAAGCUGGUGCAGCUGAUCGAGUGCCCUAUCUUCACAUAUCUGCGCCUGCAGCUGCUGGACGUGAAGAACAACCCGUACCUGAUCAAGGCCUUGUACGGCCUGCUCAUGCUGCUGCCCCAGAGCAGCGCCUUCCAGCUGCUGUCUCACCGGCUCCAGUGCGUGCCCAACCCCGAGCUGCUGCAGACAGAAGACGGUCUGAAGGCAGCCCCCAAGUCGCAGAAAGCAGACUCCCCAAGCAUCGACUACGCAGAGCUGCUGCAGCACUUCGAGAGGGUCCAGAAGAAGCACCUGGAAGUGAGGCAUCAGCGGAGUGGGCGUGGGGAUCACCUGGACCGGAGGGUUGUCCUCUGACAGGACUGCCAUGGAGAAGGGCCCAUGGAGGGUCCCAUGGAGCACUUAGGGUCUUCUGGCCCCCUCCCCACAGAGCCCGGGGACCUGCCUCAGGGGCAGAGCUGGGCCAGGCCACCAGCCCAGGGCAGGGUAGAGGGGCAGAGGCUCUGUCCACUCACACUCCUCUCACAGGCCCCAGGCCCCCAGACAGUCGCCUGCACUCUGGCAUUCAUAGAGCUGGCUUCCCACCAGGGUGGGACUGCAGCCUCAGAAGCUCCCAUCUUCUGGAAUCACGUUCUUUCUAAUGCUCUCUUGACCUCCCGAGCCCACUAGAGCUCUGGCCUCAUGCAUUCGUGUGUGUACAUAUGUGUAUACACACCUGUGUGCACAUAGGGACCAGCACAGAAGUCCGUAUGAAUGAUGCACCCCCUGCCCCAAUAAAGAAAGGACAGAAAACCCUCAACCCA